AUGUGCGCUUUCUGCGGCUGCAGCUGCGGGCUGGAGUGCGCCAGGGCGGCGGAUGCGCUGGCGGCAGGCGCUGGCAAUGCGGUGGCAGGCGCAGCGGUCGGGUAUCUCGAUGAAGCAGCCAGGCGUGAUGCGAGACGAGGCGGCGGCUGUGGUGAGAAGUCCAGGAUUUUGGCGGUGCAAAGGGAAAAGGCCGGAUUGGGCGCUGCGGGGGUUCGCUUCUGGUGCGCUUCGACCAAUGGAAACGAUCGAAUCGAGCUGGCAGCGACGCGGGUUCAGCGCAUGCGAGUCGCUGCAGGUAUCUGCAAGUACCUGCGUGCGCGCGGAGGUGCAGCGCCGUGCCUCGUCAAGCACGCAGGUAGUGCUGCGUCUCUGACGUUACAGGGUGGCUGCUCCCCUGCCAACCCAGCGCGACAGCGAAUGAGGUGCUGCUCCGUGAGCCUGUCUGUUGACCAAGACAUUCGUCAAGCGCUUGUAGCCCGAGGUACCAAAUGGGCCCCGAGAUGGCUCUUCAUUGACCUUGAGUCGACGCCUCAAGAUGGCCGUUCUGCCCUGCUCAAUUCACCCACUUUGAAUGACACUGAGCCGAUGUCUAAGUGGUUUUCGAUUGCCAAAACAGGCUCCUCAAUAUAUGUCCAACUGGAAGAUAAUGGCUCUGAUACCUAA